AUGGAUCCACCGCUAAAUUCCGAGAAAUCUCACCUCAUCAACGAAAAGAAUGCCAAAAUGUAUUCCUUAAAACUACAAAGUGAACUUGCAGGUACCAAAGAAGGUUAUCCCAACUUGCCUUUUGAGAAUGGAGACACAGCUGGUGCCAUUGAGCUUAAGAGGCCCGUGAGUGCUCAUUGUCAUGGCAACAGGGCGGCGUAUGGGGAGAACCGUGAAAAACUGAUGGCGAAGAAGAAGCUCUACAUUGCCUCCAUGGUGUGUCUGGUGUUCAUGAUUGGGGAGGUGAUAGGUGGUUAUUUAGCUCACAGCCUGGCCAUCAUGACCGACGCUGCCCACCUGCUGACUGAUUUUGGAAGUAUGAUGGUGAGCCUCUUCUCCCUGUGGAUCUCCUCCAGACCUCCUACCAAGACCAUGAACUUCGGCUGGCACCGUUCAGAGAUCCUGGGAGCCCUGGCUUCAGUGCUGUCUAUCUGGAUUGUGACUGGGGUGCUCGUGUACCUUGCUAUUGAGAGGAUUGUGAGAAAUGACUAUGAAAUCGAGGGACAUGUGAUGCUAAUCACCUCAGGCUGUGCUGUGGUUGUCAACAUAAUAAUGGCAUACAUACUCCACCACUCCACCAACUUCCACAGCCAUGGCUCAGGCUACCACAAGAUUGAUGAGGAUGGGCUGAGCCCCAUAGGCCAUGGCCACUCCCACAGUCUCCUGGGUGCCCAUGGAAACACCAGUGUCAGGGCAGCAUUUAUCCAUGUGUUGGGCGACCUCUUGCAGAGUGUAGGAGUGAUGGUAGCAGCUACCAUCAUCUAUUUUCGGCCGGAGUAUAAAGUAGCUGAUCCAAUAUGUACAUUCCUCUUCUCUGUGUUUGUACUGGGAACCACUGUCACCAUCCUCAGAGAUGUCUUCAGAAUACUGAUGGAAGGGGCACCUAAAGGAAUUGAGUUUAACUCGGUGAAGGAGGUGCUGCUGUCUCUGAAGGCAGUGAAAGCCAUGCACAGUCUACGCCUGUGGGCCCUGACAGUGGGCCAGACCUUGCUGUCUGUCCAUGUGGCUAUCGAGGAGAAUGCAGAUCCCCAGAGUGUUCUGAAGGAGGCUACGGAGCUUCUCCAGACCAAGUUUGGCUUUUAUAGCACCACUAUCCAAAUCGAGCCCUACUCCGAGGACAUGGCUCACUGUACCAACUGCCAGGACCCCAUUGACUAA